AAUCUUUAUGCCAGUCAUCUGCGAUCUGCAUUCCUGUUGUGUCUUCGUUUACUUCUUCAUCGUGUAAUUUUAAAAUGACCAGCAUAAGAGUAAUAAACAAUGAAGCCCAUUUCGUAGCUGAGUUAGCCAAUGCCACAUCCCGUCUGGUUGUUGCUGAUUUUACAGCCAGUUGGUGUGGACCCUGUCAACGUAUUGCCCCCGUUUUUCAACAGUUAUCCACCAAAUAUGGGAAGGCUAUUUUCUUGAAGAUCGACGUGGAUAAGUGCCAAGAGGUUGCUGCCGCACAGGGAGUAUCUGCGAUGCCUACCUUUAUUUUCUAUCGCAAUAAGACCAAAAUUGAUUCAGUACAAGGAGCAGAUCCGACCGCUUUGGAAAAUAAGAUACAGCAAUAUUAUGGGAGUGAAGAUGGUGACGAAGCAGAAGGCUUACCUGGACAUAUGGAUUUAUCGCCAUUCAUUCUAAAGGCAAACUGUGAAUGCUUAAAUGAAAAUGAUGAUCAUCCCUUUGCUCAUUGCCUGCAAGCUGGAGGUGGAUUCCUACAGUCGGAUUGUGAUGAGCAGUUAAUUCUAUCAAUUUCAUUUAACCAAGGCGUCAAAAUUCACAGUCUAAGAAUUAAAGCUCCAUCUGAUAAAGGCCCAAAGAACAUCAAAAUCUUCAUUAACCAGCCACACACGUUGGACUUUGAUGUAGCUACCAGUUAUAAAAGUGUACAAGACGUAGAAUUAACACCUGCUGAUUUAGAUGGAUCAUCUGUCAAUUUGCGUUACGUGAAAUUCCAAAAUGUGCAAAAUAUACAAUUUUUUAUUAAGGAUAAUCAGUCGGGAGGCGAAGUGACACAAAUAGAUCAUUUUGCUAUUAUUGGUUCACCAAUUAGUACAACAAAUAUGGGCGAUUUUAAGCGAGUGGCUGGUAAAAAGGGCGAGAGUCAUUAAAUGAACCAUUCUUUUGCAAUGUAAUGUGCAAACAAUCGCAUUAAUAAAAUGUAUCGUAUUUAAUUUAC